AUGUUCAAGCAAGCGGCCAAGACGAGGGCGUCACCGCCGCCGCCCUCCACGGUCAUGGCGGCACCAGACGCCGGCCUGCAGGACUGCCUGGCCCUGCUGAGGGGGCCGUCGGACGAAAGAAGAUUCGUUGGAUUGUUGUUGGCCACAAAGCUGCUUCCUGCUGGAGGGGAGGAUGCUGCCGUUGCCAUCUGGCAGUCCAUCGGGCCAAGGUUCCUGAGGAGAAUGCUCCUUCCAGUAGGAGGUCCCGCUGCCUGUGGCCCUGAACCUGCGGGCAGCACCCUGGAAAUGCAGUUCAUGACUGUCAGCUUGGCUAUGGCGGUGUUGAGCAGCAUUUGUCAAGUUGACAGGGUUGCCCAGUCACCAGAACUGCUGGAGUUUGUUCCAAGCUUUGUUCAGGUGUGGAAGAUGAAGCAGCGAUUGAAGAAAUGGGCUGCACAAGGGACAUCAGAUGGCAUGGAAGGUAAUGGUGUACAGCAUGUACUGAUGGAUUCCCUGAGGUGCCUAUCAUUGGUGGCAUCGCGGGGUGAAGCUGGGCGGAGAAAAUGCAUGGAAUCGGGAACUCUUGGGAUUGUUGUCAGCAUUUUGAAGGAUGAUGAGUGCCCAAGGCCUCAACAGCUCGCUUGCGUGAAGAUCGCGCAGGCGCUCCUCACAGAGCGACCAGAUGCCAGGAUGGAGGUUAUGCAGGGUUGCAGUGAGGAGUUAGCAGCCCUUGUCCCUCUCCUUGCUGGACUUCUUGCUGGUCACACAACAGCAGCUGUCUCCAGCACAGAACAUGGCGGGCCCAAGGAAGAAGAUCCUGCCGUGGUGCAGUUGGAAGUGCUGCAUUUUAUGCUGCUCAUUCUGCCAGUGCCUCUACCCCAGGCUGAGAGUCUGCAUGCGGCUCUGAGACGACACGGAGAAGAAAACUUGGAGGGCUGGCCUUCACUGGUUCGCACUGGCCUUCAUGCAAUCUUGAGGACCAAAACAAGCCCAGUGCAGCAGCACUCGGCACUCCAGCUGGCGGCUGCCAUGAUUGAUCUUUUGGGCGCCCGCUGGUUGCUUGAACUGUGUGUGCCCACAAAGACAGUGGACCCUGGAGGCCAGUUUGUGCAGGUGUUAGCACAGGUUGUGAGAAGGGAAACUGUCCUUUUGCUCAUGGAUGCCAAGGCCCCGCAACAGGCGGUGCCUUCUGAGAGUGCACGGUCUUCAUGUGCAGCAGAACCCAAGGACACAGACAACACCUGCGAUGCCAGUACCUCAUCCUUGCCUUAUUCCGCCCAAGCAGAACCUGACGUUGACCAUUUUCAUCCAUGGUUGGGGCCUUCGAAUGAUAUGAGCUCAUCAGAGAGUGAAGAUGGACAUGAGUCCACAGGACGUCCACUGAUGAGCACAUCAAAUGGCCGCUCCCAACUUGCAACAAUGUCAGCUGGCACAAGAGUAUCUCACAUGCUCCCCAUCUGCUUCCUCGUGCUUGAAGCAUUGGUGGAUGUUCUUUCAGAAGGGACAGAAUCCACAGAUGUGGUGGUUGACAUGGAAUCAUAUGCUCAGUGUGCUUUGUUGAGUGAGGACUUGGCCAGCAAAACAUUUGAAACUGUGUGUGAUUGUUUUGGGGAGAUUCUGGAGGCUCUGAUAGAGCUUACAGGCAAUGCGAACUGGUUCAAGGACAAUGUUGGUGGCCUAGAUAGAAACAUGUUUGUGUUGGCUUGUGUUCGUGCACUGGGGUCCUUUCUUGCAGCAUCGCCACUUGCGCAUGAGAAGGCUCUGAAGGAGCUGCUGCCAAUUUUGAUGGAUAUGCGAAGCAAGACAGGAUGGGAAGAUGUUGGAGUGCAGUUUUUGAUUCCUGCAUUCCUGCAGCUAACAGAUCCUAGGAGAGGGGAAGAUGCAAAAGGCUGGGUGGCCAUGAUUGCGGAGCCUGCAGUCCUCACCCUUUUUGUGAACCACACCUAUGAGAUUGUCACGUCGAUUACAAAUGCCAUGCAGGAGAGCCCCUACCGACAGUGGCAGAUUGUGUCACUCGCAGAACAUUUCGCCAUUCUGGAGAUGCAGAAUGUGGAUGCGGCAGUCCAUGCGUUGUGGCUUUUGUGUAACGUUUGCAAUCAAGUAAGUCCCUCCACAACCAAGGAAAUUGAACGCCUGAGGUCAGGGAAUAUGGGGAGCAGAAGCAUAUGGUCAAGCCUCUGGACAGCUCUGCUGCAAUUGGCACAUUUUCCACCCAACUACUGUCCAAGCCCUGCCGAUGCCAUGCACAAGCCCACCGUUCUUCCACCUCAGCUGUCCGUGUCAUUGCUUGUGGCAUGUGCUUGUUUAUUGUCUUCAAUGCUUCGUUAUCUCUGUUGGCCGGGAGAGGACAUGGAGGGCACUCUAUCUGGCGAGUUUGGGAGCGCAUGGUAUCUGGUGCUGGAGGGCCUGCAGGCUGGAGCUUCAGAUUUCCUUGGGUGUGAGGACACUGGGGACUCUACGUCCGAGGAUAUGGUUGCAUGGCGAUGGGCUACAGAGAACGCUACCUUCUUGGUGCGGCAUAAUUCUGCCAUGUUGAAGACAGCAAAAGGGGUAAAAUGGAUUCAAGAUAUGGCCUUCAGCAGAGGGAAGGCCAUGUGCAAGCUCAAGGGUGAUGAUGGGGGUCUGCUGGCUGGGUUCUUCGGCACCAUCCGUGCUGGAUGA